AGCACAUGCAGAUCACUGCAAGGAGAUUUACUUCCUCAUCAUCGUGUCUUCGGUCCAGAAAGACAGAAUCAUCCUUAAUGUAAGCAAGCACUUGAUAGCCGUUGAAGAAUUGACAUCUGCUAGGAAUCAUUCCAGAAAUGCUGUUAUGCUGAAUGUUGCGUUGAUACAGUUUGGGAAUGGCUGCAGUAUUUGUGAGUUCUUGGAGGUAUCAAAUGUGGCACUUCAAUCAAGUAACCAAUGGUGUUGGAGUUCUUCUGCUGCAGUUUCUUCUGACUCUUUUUCCCCACAACAUAAUAGAAAGAAAAAAACCAAGCUGGAAAGGAGUGCAAUGGUAUUGGCUUUUGUGGAGAAAUAUAGAACUUUGAACGGUGGGAAAUUCCCAACAGUUUCCUGUACUCAAAAGCAAGUUGGUGGAUCAUAUUAUGUAGUUCGAGAGAUUAUUCAAGCAUUGGAACAUAAUCAUAAGAGCGCAUCUCUAGAAACUCAAAAGGGAAUUAAAGUUUGGGUGGAAAUGGCAAAGUGUGAUGAUGUUUCGUCCACGAGAGAACCUUUUUUUUUAUCUGAUGCUAAGCAAACUUCCUUUAAAGAGUUUGAAGGUGAUACUACCAAAUUUAGGAUGGAGAACUCAAGUAAUAAAACCAAGGAAGGCGCUGAAACUUCCAGUUUGAGUAUUGAGGCCCAUCUUGAUAGUCAGAUUAAAAUAGAUGCUAUUAAAAUGUCUACUCCUUCCAGGGUUACUAAAGAAGAUAAGGGUUUGGAUUUUGACAAAUUAUCUGCUUUUACUUCACCAGCAACAGUGAAACCACAAACCCAUGCUUCAGGAAUGUCAGAUGCCGAAGCAUUGAAUGUUAGACUCCAUACUUCUCUUACUUCUGAAGAGGUGGGACAUCAAGUUUCUGCUAAAUUGGAAAGUAAAACCAGUGUUUUGCACACUUCAACUGAAGAGAUAGAAGCUUGUGGAAAAGAUGCAGCUUCUGCUUCCAACUUACAUGAAGAAGCCUUUAGAUCAGAAGAACUUUAUCAUGGCCAAAGGCAAAUGAUUGUAGAGGGAGCAGCAUCAACCAAGAGAUCAAGCUUUUGGGGUAAUUUGAAAUCCAUGGCUUUUGGUAUCAUCAACCUGUGGAAGUAAGGUUUAGUUUUUAGUCUCUUUUUUGUUGUUUCUUUCUGUUAUAUAAUAGAAAUAGAUCAUGGAGAUUGUGCUUCCUGUCAUGACACCUGCUUAUGGAUAUAUCUGAAAGCUUAU